AGCCAGGCUACGUAGGGCCGCCCCCAAGGCCGCCGAGUUUCGAUUCCUUAGUGUUUGGAAACGGACCGAAAACAAACCGGGUCGCCAGGGGUCACCACGGGCUUCCGGUUUCUUCGAAGACACCGCCGCUUCCACAGCGAAGGGAGUUGCACCGGGUGCGCCGCGGAGGGAGUCCCAUUUCUUCUGACUCGGCAGGAGCCCUGGAUGUUCUGGAAGGAGGGACAAGCCGAGGCUGGAGGGGCUGGGCCGACGCGGAGAAGGCCCGUUACCCAGCAAUACGCGCGCCAGACCCAGGCCCGCCGUCGGGACCAGCACGGGCCGGUGGGAGAGGAAGCACUGCGGGAAAGGACUCGAUGUGUGGCUCAGGUCUCGGCCGGAAAAGGGGCCGUCGCCGUCCACGGGCUCGGCGCCAGGGCCGCGCGAGGAAACCGGAAGUCAGGCCCGAGCGAGCUGGGAGGGCGUAGGGAAGCCAGGUUCGGUCGUGGGGGUGUGGGGAAGUGCAGGAGUGGCGCGCGGUGUACUACAUGUCCCGUGAGCCUCCGCAGCGGGACGGGGCGUGGCCGCGCGACGCCAAGAGGCGGAGGCGGAGUGGAGUUAGACUGGGUCUAUAUCUGAGCUGUGAAGAAUACAGUUAAAAAGAAACAGUAAGUGCAAUUUUUAAGAAAAAUUUUUAAGUGAAUUUCUGAUUAGUGAUUUAAAUUGUGUAUUUAAUUUGAUUAAUGUCAUACUACCUCAGGGUUCUUGUUUUCUGUUUCUUUGUUGUGUAUUCUGAGGACUGCUAUGGUACACCCUGGAUAGAUGUGGCUCUUCAUUGUCAGAGGAAGAAAACUUAAUAUGUCAAUACCACUAAAUUGAAAUGGCAGUGUCUGUCUUUUCAUAUUCAUAUCAGCUUCAGUGUCAUUUCAUCAGUGUUGUUUCACAAACUUCUUCCUCUCUUUUCCUUACAUAUCACAUGUCCAGAUUGUAUCUUUAGGGUAUGAGAAUAGUUUUAGUGGCAAGGAUAAAAGCGAUUUCAAGAAUACUACCAAAAAUAAAAGCUGGUAUUUGGGCAUACACAGUUGUCUUCCCUGUUUUCCCCGUACUUUCUCCCUCUCCCCUCUCCUUUGUCUCCUUACCUCUCGUUUCCCUGUCUCUCAGAUGUAUGCACACACACACACACACACACACACACACACAGAGAGAGAGGGAGAGAGAGAGAGAGAGAGAAAGAAUGAAUUAUGAAUGCCUUAGAGUUCAUGACUUCUCUUAAACUGCAUGUAUCCCAACCUGUGUGCAUCUUAAACUGGCAGUCUCUGAACUGAGCAACAUAUAUCCUUUACCUUUAACCUUGAGAGGUACAUAAAGGCUUUCCAGGGGGUUAUAUAGUUAAGGAUAGUUUAAGAGUGUUAAUUCUCAGGUUGUCAACUUGCAUGUUUUCAUUCCUAAAAUUGAUCUUCCUCAGAGUGUGCUGAACUAGACAUCUUUCUGCUUUCCUCUUUAGCAAUUGUCCCUCUCUCUGACAAAUAUGGGGAUACCUUAUCUGACCUAAAUCUUGAUAGUGGUGUUUAAAAAGUGAAUGACUCUAAUGACUGAGUAGUUAACUCUUUUGUAAAAUUGGUGAGUUUCAGUUGCUUUAAAAGAUAAUUGCAGAAGGACCAAAUUGAGUUAUCAGCUGAUCAUUAAAAAUAAUUUUUGAAGCAUACCCCUAUGUGAUUUUUGGUCUAUAACUUAGGAGUUCACACAAAUGAUUAUUGCUAUAGCCAGAAAUCGUUACACUCCCAAAUGUUUGGAAUGGAAGAAUACAACAUAUAAAAAUAGAAUUAACCUGAAUUCCAUUUCUUUCUAGCAAUAAGUAAUAUUUAUUUUUGGGUACAUGGCCUCAUGAGGGAGGGGGCAGAAGGUCCUGUCCAUUUUUUUUUAUGACAUGCAUUUCCAAUAAAAGCUUUUUAUAUUUUAUUGGCCAGGCACCGUGGCUCAUGCCUGUAAACCCAGCACUUUGGGAGGCUGAGAU